GGUAAAAUGCAGCUUUACAACUAUUGAAGCAAAAAUACAAAAAGCUGUAGGGAUUAUUCACUAAGGUCGACCCCUUGCAAAACAAUGACUUUGGGUUGCUGGAGCAGAGAAAGCUCUGCUUUUAGAGCUAUCCGGUUAUUCCCUAUUCAGUCCAAAGCUCGCCAGCGAUCCUGCCGUAUCGCUACUGACACCGCGCCGAGCAAUCCCGAAAGGAGACGUGUUUUUCGGGUUACGGGAUAGUCCCUGAUUUAUUAUUGUGGAGAAUCUUUUUCCCUUAAUAUAAAUUUGCAGCGUACGUUUAUGUUUUGUUUGAACGCUCGGGAGAAUUAAUUUCUUGUUUUCCACAAGUGAGAAUGGAAAUUUUUUGUUUUGUUUUAUAGAACUUUUAGUGACGCUCCUGGAUUCCGACAACAGCUAGAUUUUUAUUUUAAGACUGUAUAGCAGCCGCUUUUUUGAACGAAAUAAUAAGAUCCAGAAUGCAAGCAUGUAAAGUAUAAGCUGAGUUCAGGAUGUGUCGGAUUAACAAUUUUAUCCCGAUUCUGACAUUGUUAAUGCACAUUUCCUCAAACGAGGCAGGACGACGAACAUGUGGAGGCACUUAUACAGCAGCACGAGGCAUCCUUGCUACUCCCAACUUUCCAGGACCAUUUGACGUUCCAAUACGAUGCCAAUGGGUAAUCGAUUCUAGCAGUGCUGCUUACGGUUCCGGAAAUACUUCGAUCAUCGUUUACUUUACUCAGCUAUUUACUUUCGAAGGUCUAACAUUCACUGAAUAUCAGCUAUACGGAAACGAUUACAAGAUCAACCCGAAAUUAAUCCACAAAGUAAAUGAGACUAACGUGUUCCGUAUCCGAUGGGUGCAGAGCUAUCAGAGCUACUUGGUAAUAGAAUUAAAAAUGCAAUCGUCUGAGUCAGCACAUAUUCGCGUCCUGGAUAAAUUCCUGGAUACGUAUGGAUUCAACAUCACCUAUGAAAUUACCACUGGCGGCGUUCGGAGCCCGUCCUGCACCAUGAUGGAUUGCGGAUUUACCGGAAUUUGCUUCGAUCAUUACACAAAAUUUAGUUGCAAGUGUUUCGAUGGCUAUUCUGGUCCCAGCUGCUCCGAAGGACCGAAAUCGUUUUGUUACACUAAUGGAACUCCUACAUGCAAAAAUGGCGGAACGUGUUUGCACGUCGGAGUAGCGGCCGUUAAGUGUCACUGCUCCAAACUUUUUACGGGAAAUACCUGCGAGACCCUCUUGGAACCAGCAAGUGCGAAAGGACUCACCGACUGCUCGAAUUGCCCUGCAAACUGUACAUACGACGAUGGAUUGGAUUUAGCAUGUAACUGUUUCAAUGGAAAAGUUUAUGCGCCAAAUCAACUAGGCGUGCUUGCAACAUUGCACCUUGGCAAUCUACCGCCCUUAGCACCGAACGUCUUGAAAAAUUACCUUAAAUUACAGCUUUUGAAGAAUCUUCGAACGAAUCUAUCGAAAAUUGAGGACUUGACUAUUGUUAAUCUGAUCCAUUACAUGUCGGGUGCUGACGUAACCUUUCAAGUGGUCGGCUCCAAAAAGGAGGAAAAAAAGGUGAAAAAUGUCCUAAACAAGUGGGUCGAUCGUGGUUUCGUUGGAAAUAUUACGGUGGCCGAAAACGAUAAUUCGAUUAAAACGCCACUAGCAAUCCAGAGUGUGGAUAUAAAUCAGCCUGGGGUGAUCAGGGAGAACGACGAAUUCAUUCUAAGUUGUGUUGCCCGAGGUUCGCCUUCAAUGACCUUUCGAUGGUUCAAAGACGGAACAUUCGUGAAUCUGACCUUUACUCGCCACAAAUGGAUAAAACUGAUAAAAGACCCGCACGUGACUGACCAAUAUACCGCCCUGUUGGCUGUCGGAACGGCUCGAAAAUACGACGAAGGAAAAUUUACAUGUCAAGUGGAGGAUUUUAAUAUUCAACAAUGCAAGUCGAAAUUUGUGAAAGUCAAGAGGCCUCCUCUUGUGAAGAUUGAGCCAAUGAGUUUAACAGUGCGGAAGGGUCAAAAUUUUACUGUUAAGUGUGUAACCUUAGAAGGAAAUGGGGGCAUCAUUGGAAAGUACACCUACAGCUGGACCAAAAAUAAAGAGCUUCUUCCUGUGAGAACAGACUCUGAAAGAUAUGAAACCCUUUAUCCAGCCGGUACGAUUUUGCAGGUGUUUGGUAUUGAAAAAGACGUACAUUUUUCCUGCCUAGUUCAGGACAGUUUAACUUCAUCGGAACGCAGCAUUCAAGUGCAUUUUCUGGAUAAGCAAGUGCACCCUUGUUCGAAUGAAACUAAAUACGGACUUAUUUGGCCCGAGACUGCGCCGGACACUGAAUAUGUCCAAGAAUGUCCAAAGGAUUAUUCGGGAAUAAUAUCCAGAAAAUGUAUGCUUAGAGAUGGAAAAACUCCGGCUUGGGGUGCUCCAGACUUUUCGCAGUGCACAGGCGAAUUCCUCAGGAAGGUUUAUGAGCAGUUUGAAGUACUAAAGUACGGAUAUGGAUCAGCAAGUAUUGAAAGUUUAUUUUCGGGUUUCCUUCAUUAUACAUCAUCCGUACCAUUACGCCCUGGAGAGGGUACAAGAAUCCUAGUUAUGCUUAACGAGAUAUUGGCUUUUUUGAACCAAACGAAACUCGGAAAGCACACAAUUCAAAACCUGACUCAGACGGCUGUAUCUGUAUUGGAUUCUAUUUCAUCAUCUCCUGAUGCAUUAUUGAGGGCAAAGGAUAUCAACUUGCUACAAACGGUGCUAUUUCACCAACUAGAAAUAUCCGGCUUUUAUUUAGUGGAGCAAGACAGCUCUAAAGCUCUUAACUUGUCCCUCGAUACGCUUGAUAUUACCGUUGUAAGAGAAACCCCGACUUUAACGAUGCUCUAUGUACCGGCGGGCAGUAAAACUUUAAGAUCACAAUCGUGGGUUUCCACAAGACUUACUGCACAACUAAAGUCAAUCUAUUCGGAUUUGUUUGUUGGAAUCGUAUAUCGAAAUUUGUCGUUAUUUUUUCCUCCAAAACUAUUUUUAAGAAAUAGAGACGAAAAUGAAAUUCAAUAUCAGAUAUUCUCGCAAGUAGUCACUUUUGUCCCCAUUUCCUCAAACCUAUCCAAAAACGAGAAUGUUUCCAUAAAAGUAGAUUUCCUGCACAAAUUCAGCACGGACUUUUUCAAUGCUACCAGUAAGGAACGAUGGGAAGUAAGAUGUGGAUAUGCGGAUAUGAGAUCUUUUGCAUACGACUGGGAUAUCUAUACUUGCACUGUAAAAUCCAUUGAUGAACAAAGCUCAACGUGCAUUUGUUCAAAAUUUGGAUCGUAUGUUCUUAUCUUGGUGUUAGCGCAAACUUUUGAAGAAACUCCGUCCAACGUAUCUCAUAAGUACGUACUAAUUUCCAGUUUUUUCUUGGGCAUUAUCUUAACGAUUUCCACUACGAUCUGUUUGGGUAUUUCCUGCUUUUUAACUAAAAACCCAUGUUUAAUAUACCUCAAGCUGCAAUGUACAGUUUCCCUAUUUUUUUGCGAAGUGCUGUUUGCGGUUGCUAUUAUAAUUGAACCCCCACAGGCAAGUUGGAAAUAA